GACAACCCUCAUUUCCUCUCUUAUUUACAGUAAUACCCCUCCUCCUCAAUGUCGGCUUCCGUCGAUAACCACCAAUCGGCUCGCCCUGAGCUCUCCAAAAACGACGUCGUACACUCUUACAACCAGACCGUGUUUCCGCAGAAGAAAGCGGCUCCCGCAGAAGUUCGGAACGGUGACGAACACGACGACGUCUCGAGCGAUGACGAGAACGAGACCCACAACAAGAACGCUGUCAACUACUACGAGGAGAUGAUCCGCAAGUCGAACAGCGAACUGGAGCCGUCGAUCUUUGACCCCAGGGACGAAUCAACGGCUGACAGCUGGAUCGAGCGGAACCCUACGAUGGUCCGUCUCACAGGGAAGCACCCAUUUAACUCGGAGCCUCCAUUGAACCGGCUCAUGCACCACGGCUUCAUCACCCCGGUCCCGUUGCACUACGUCCGGAACCACGGGGCUGUUCCAAAGGCUCAAUGGUCCGAAUGGACGGUCGAGAUAACGGGUCUGGUGAAACGGCCCAUGCGACUCACCGUGGACGAGCUCAUCUCCCAGUUCCCAUCUCGAGAGUUCCCUGUAACCCUAGUUUGUGCCGGGAACCGCCGAAAGGAGCAGAACAUGGUGAAGAAGUCGAAGGGUUUCAACUGGGGAGCCGCCGGAAUUUCGACUUCCGUUUGGCGCGGAGUGCCACUCUGUGACGUCCUCCGUCACUGCGGCAUCAUGAGCAAGAAGGCGGGAGCCAUGAAUGUGUGCUUCGAAGGUGUGGAGAAUCUUCCAGGCGAGGCCGGAAGCGGCGGAUCCAAGUACGGGACGAGCAUCAAGAAGGAAUACGCCAUGGAUCCUUCGAGGGACAUCAUUCUGGCUUACAUGCAGAACGGUCAACUACUUACUCCGGACCAUGGAUUUCCGGUUCGAAUGAUCAUACCGGGUUUCAUCGGAGGGAGGAUGGUGAAGUGGUUGAAACGGAUCAUCGUCACUGCCCAAGAAUCCGACAGUUAUUAUCAUUACAAGGACAAUAGGGUUUUGCCUUCCCAUGUCGACGCUGAACUCGCCGAGGCCGAAGCUUGGUGGUACAAGCCGGAGUACAUAAUCAACGAGCUCAACAUAAACUCGGUCAUUACGACGCCGAGUCACCAAGAGAUUCUCCCCAUCAACGUUUUCACCACCCAAAGGCUUUAUACCUUGAAGGGCUACGCAUAUUCCGGGGGAGGGAAGAGGGUGACACGUGUCGAGGUAACGACAGACUGCGGGGAGACGUGGCGGGUGUGCGCGUUGGACCGUCCGGAGAAGCCGAACAAGUACGGCAAGUACUGGUGCUGGUGCUUCUGGUCUCUAGAAGUGGAGGUUUUGGACCUGCUUGGUGCCAAGGGUAUCGCUGUCCGCGCCUGGGACGAGACUAACACCCAACCCGAGAAAAUGAUCUGGAAUCUCUUGGGGAUGAUGAACAACUGCUGGUUCAAAGUGAAGACGAACGUGUGUAAACCCCACAAGGGCGAGAUAGGUAUCGUCUUCGAGCACCCGACAUUGCCCGGAAACGAGGCCGGAGGGUGGAUGGCGAAGGAGCAACACCUCGAGAUAUCUUCCGCUCCGCCUCCCGCGAUGAAGAAAUCCGUCUCUUCUCCUUUCAUCAACACCGCCUCCAAGACGUACUCAAUGUCCGAAGUCAAGAAACAUAACUCCGCGGAUUCUUGUUGGAUCAUCGUCCACGGAAACAUCUACGACUGUACUAGGUUUCUGAAAGAUCAUCCGGGCGGCUUGGACUCGAUCUUGAUUAAUGCUGGGUCGGAUUGUACCGAAGAGUUCGACGCCAUUCAUUCGGACAAUGCCAAGAAGAUGUUGGAAAAUUACCGGAUCGGGGAACUCAUCACGACCGGUUAUACAUCUGACUCGUCUUCCCCCAACACCUCGGUUCACGGUGGGUCAAACAUGCUCUCGCUUUUGGCUCCGAUAAGAGAGACGGCUUCGGUUCGGAACGUCGCUUUGGUCAGCACCCGGGUUAAAGUCCCGGUUAAACUCGUCGAAAAGACGUCGAUUUCACAUGAUGUUCGCCUAUUCCGGUUUGCCUUACCGGCUCAAGAUAUGGUUCUAGGGUUACCAGUCGGUAAACAUAUAUUCUUGUGUGCCAACAUCGACGACAAGCUUUGCCUUAGAGCCUAUACGCCAACGAGCACCGUCGAUGUGGUCGGAUAUUUUGAUCUUGUGGUCAAGAUUUACUUCGGCGGGGUCCACCCCAGAUUUCCCAAAGGUGGACUCAUGUCUCAAUAUCUGGACUCGUUGUCUCUGGGGUCCACUCUGGAGAUUAAGGGGCCAUUGGGUCACAUUGAGUAUCUCGGUAAGGGUAAUUUCAUGGUUCACGGUAAACCGAGAACCGGUAAGAAAUUGGCAAUGUUGGCCGGUGGGACCGGUAUAACCCCAGUUUACCAAAUUAUUCAGGCGGUUCUCAAGGAUCCCGAGGACGAUACCGAGUGUUACCUGGUCUACGCUAACAAAACCGAAGACGAUAUCCUUCUGAGGGAGGAAUUGAAUGAGUGGUCCAAGAAGUAUCCUGAUCGGUUAAAGGUUUGGUACGUUGUGGAAUCGGCCAAAGAUGGGUGGGAAUAUAGUAUCGGAUACAUCAUCGAGGCCAUUCUGCACAUUCCCGACGCAUCGGACGGUUCAGUUCUCGCUUUGGCAUGUGGACCGCCCGGCUUGAUCCAAUUUGCGGUCCAGCCGAAUUUGGAGAAGAUGAAGUAUAAUACCAAGGAGGACCUGUUGAUUUUCUAAACCGAAGACUAGUGAUUGAAGCUUCUGGACUAAAGGAGAGUGUUUCAAAACAAAACCCUAAUUAGCGUGAUAGAUCAAAUAAUUAAGUUGAUUAAUAUAUAUAUAUAUAUGUAUGUAUAUAUAUCCACUAAUUUUUCUCAUAUUUUC